UCUCUUUUUUAAUUAAUUAAUUAUUUUUCUUCCUCUUUUUAUUUAAAUUACUUUCAAUUCCAUUGUCGACGGAGAAUAAAAAUAAAAUUAAGGAAUGCCGUUUGCCACAAGCACGUACGCAUCGCCGCGGCGACAAGCGACACUACGCGACAGCCGAGAAUUCGCCCAGCUGUGUCAUUUCCUCCACCUCUUCCACCCUUCGCUCAAACUGCACAGCGCCCCGGACCUCGACCAGCUCCACACAGAGCUCCUCACCACACCAGCCGACCCAUCACCCACACCCGCCCUUCUCACGCACAUACUCAUUCGCAGCCUGCGCACGCUCACAGGCAACCGCAACAUUGAUGAGCAUAACUUGGACGCCCAUGUGCAACGAGCCUGGGAGAAAUUCACCGGCAGAGUGCCUGAAAAAUACGCCCAAGGCAUAUUUCAAAUUGGGGCUGCACGGGAAAGGGCUGGGAUGGUUUUGGAAACGUGUGAGCUGGUGUUGUGUAAGCCUGAGAUGGUACGGGGGAAGGCCACGGAGACUGCUGAAGAGGGUAAGUGGCGGGUGGAGCCGCUGGGUGUUGAUGCGUUGGGGCGCAUAUACUGGGUGCUCUGCGGCUCGCAGCUGUAUCGAGAAACACCACGCGACAUUGCCGAUCUCCUGCUAGGCACCAAUGAGCAGGGCCUGGUGGAGGCAAGGGAGCCUCAUAGGAGGCGCACCAGUAUGCGAAAAUACACCGUGAGCUCGGCAGCACUAGAUGUCUCGGCGGAAGCCCUGGAGCUGGCCGAUCUGCCACGGCACGGGGUCCGCGAGAGCGAUGGUGAUCUUUGGGAAUUGCUUUGCGAGACUCCUGUGGAGUGGACCACUGUGGCUGCGCGCUUAUUCUGCCGGUCGAAGCACCCUGGGGAACGUGCACUGCAUAAGCUUUUGGCCGAGAUGGCUCCAGAUAUUGCUCAUAGAUUAGCGCUUGAUGCUAGGAGAAAGCACGCCAGGAGCGUGGCUGCUGCUGCGGUGGCGGGGGCUGAUGCCAUGGGGGUGAGGAAGCGCUCGUCGAGGAUUGCUGUGCGCGAAUCUAUUGAGGAUGCAAAGGCUAUGGCCGAGGGAGCUGGGAGGAGACGCUUGAGGGAGGAGGAGACUGGGGAGGAGGAGGCCGUGGAGGUGGGCCGGAGGGAAAGGGCGUGGAGACGCGAGGCUGCACGUCGAUCUGCUUUGGAUGACGCCGAGAUUGCGCUGGCUAUCCGCAGCAGCGGCAAUGCCGAUGGUGCUGCGGCUGUGGAAACAACCAACGCCGAGCCAGAGCCAGAGCCAGGGCCAGAAACAAGGCCAGAGCCAGGGCCAGAACUAAAGCCGGAGCCAGAACUAAAGUCAGAGCCAAUGCCAAAGCCAAGGCCUCAGCCGGAUAUGCAUAUGGAGAUGGAGAUGGACGAGGACGACUGGAUGUUCAGGUGCUCGUGCGGGAAGUCCGGCCACAACUACGACGAUGGCCGCGCAAUGACCGCCUGCGAAAAAUGCAAUGUCUGGAGACACCUUGGGUGCGCACUACGCGCCGAGGCUCAACGCAUUGGCCGCGACAUCGAUGAGGACGACUGGGAAACCGUCCGCUACGUAUGCCCAGAGUGCAGAAAAUCCCGCGUCAAUGCGCAAACGUAGGGCUUUUAGAUACACACUUGUUUUUUCUUUAUAAGAAGGCAAACUUUUGUUUUUCUAACCAAACCCUUUAUUCUCUUUUCCUCUUUAUUUCUCUUUAUUUUUAUUUUUAUU